CCACUACGAGUAUAUAAGUUAGUCGUAUGUUGAUCCUUCCUGCUCGCCUGUAAACCCGUAGUGCCCUAAGAUUGUUUGUACACCUUCUCGGCUGGCCGAAGAUAACCCACAAAUCCUGUUAAAUCUUAAGUUUAAUCUUAAUUAACACCGUUCCGACGACGGCACACCGCGUAGCCAACUCUGUCGCUGCUUUAUAUCGAAAUACCAUUGAAAAAGCGUUCUGCGAAUGACUUUGUCUCCUGUAACUCUAACUUCUGUGUAUUUGGUGUACUUAAAUUGCUGGAUUAUAGCACGCGUUGCCUUGCCUGUCAAGGUGUGUCGUCGCCUAAGUAGUAGACUAAAAAAAAAAGGAAUUUCCCAUAGAUGUAAUCUACAAAGCUGGAUGAAAAAGCAGUCCUACCUUUUAACGCUUAAGCGAAAAGAAAAUCAAAAAACUUAUGAGCUCCAGGCAGCAGCGACAGCAGUAUGAACACAAGCAACGUUCCAUCGUAAGGCACCUGUCUGAAAUGCGGAAACACAACCGUUUGCGUCGUCUCUGCACGAUGCCAGCUCCAUUCUCCGUGCCAUCUUCUUCGUCCAGCGUGGACAGACGCACCAGCCGGCGAAGCAGCAGCCAGACCUCACUGAGUCCCAGCAACAGUAGCGGAUAUGGCAGCGUCUUCGGCUGCGAAGACCAUGACGUGGCCACAUCUCAAAUCCACAAGGCUUUCGCCAAUCUGAAGCGACGACGCAGCUGCGGCGCGAGCACACCGACUCCCGACUCUAAACGGUCCAAGAACAACCAGGGACAGAUGGUCAAGAAGCCGCCAAAGGGCGAGUACAUUGUGGAACGCAUUGAGUGCGUGGAGGUAGAAAAAUAUCAGCCAGUCUUCUUUGUCAAAUGGCAGGGAUACUCUGCCAGCAAGAACACCUGGGAGAGCCUAGCCAACGUGGCCGACUGCGCCCAAAUGGAGGAGUUUUUGGAGCGGCAUCAGCAGCUCUACGAGACUUACAUUGCUAAGAUAACCAGUGAACUUGAGGGGCAGCUGGAGGCCUUGCCGCUGAUGCAGAACAUCACGGUGGCCGAUGUGGAUGCCUUUGAUCCGCUUAAUCUGCAGCUUGACCUCAUUCUACUGGCCCAGUACCAGGCUGCGAGCAGUCGUAGCCAGAAGGAGCCGCAGAAGAUCGGAGAGCGAGCCCUGCGCAACAUGCAGCUCAAGCGGGCACAAUUUACUCGGCGCAAGCAGCUGGUUGACCUAGCAAUGUUUGAGGAGCGCAUGAACAGUGUGGAGCAGCCGUCGCCACCAAUUCGAGUGGAGAACGACGUGGAUCUGGAUACCAUAGACAGCAAUUUCAUGUACAUACAGAAGAACAUAAUCGGCGAAGGAGUGCCCAAGCCGGAAGCGGGAAUUCUGGGCUGCAAGUGCUGUGACGAGGAUGGUGUCGAGGAAUGCGCUCCCUCCACAAAGUGCUGUGCUCGCAUGGCCGGCGAGCUGUUUGCCUACGAGCGGAACACACGGCGCUUGCGCCUGCAUCCAGGAAGCGCUAUCUUCGAGUGCAAUAGCCGCUGCGCAUGCAAGGAGACCUGCUCCAAUCGCCUGGUUCAACACGGACGCCAGCUCCCGCUGGUGCUGUUCAAGACGAGCAACGGCAGCGGCUGGGGUGUGAAGACCCCGAAUGCCCUGCGAAAGGGUGAAUUUGUGUGCGAGUACAUUGGGGAGAUCAUCACCAGCGACGAGGCCAAUGAGCGCGGCAAGGCGUACGACGACAAGGGCAGGACAUAUCUAUUUGACUUGGACUACAACACGGCUCAGGAGAGCGAGUACACAAUCGAUGCGGCAAACUUCGGCAAUAUCUCGCAUUUUAUCAACCACUCGUGCGAUCCAAAUCUCGCCGUGUUCCCCUGCUGGAUCGAGCAUUUAAAUGUGGCCCUGCCGCACCUUGUGUUCUUCACGCUGCGUCCCAUUAGGGCCGGCGAGGAGCUGAGCUUCGACUACAUUCGCGCGGAUAACGAGGACUUGCCGUACGAGAACCUCUCGACCGCUGUGCGUGUUGAGUGCCGCUGCGGAGCGGACAAUUGCCGAAAGGUCCUUUUUUAAACGGAUACACCCAAUAUUUUUUCUUAUUACGGCAAAAAAUCCUUUAAUUUGCAUUGAACUAUAUUUUUUUCAACACAUUUGUUGCUAGUUGGCGCUUGCUUGCCAUCUGUAUGCAGAUUUUAUAUUAUGAACAAUCAAUUGAUGGCAUUUUAAUUAUUUAUUUGUUAUCCUUGCACUGCCAAAUGCGAAUAUCGACGAAUUGUGGAUUUAUAUUAAGUUUGAACAAAAUACGACUAGAGAAUAAAACAAAAAUUCCGCAUACUUUGUACAUGUCAUUAUAUACCUUUUACUUUUCUAUUAUGGAAUUAGGUUAACAGUAGUGUUUGGACAAACACCUUACAAUGUGCUAAAAUAAAGUACGGUAUUAUGUGUAAAUCAAUAUUUCAGAAUAAAUACCUUAUGAUAAUUGAAUGAUGUUAUGUAUUUAUUUUUUUUAGCCUUAUGUUUUGGAGAGGAAAAUGUAGUUUAGCAUAUAUGAUAAUUCUUUGUAGAAACAAUGUAUGAUGAUUCAAGUGAGAAAACCACCUAGAGUUAUUGUUAGA